CACUCUGUCUCUCUCCAAACACAAAUUAAUACCUCCUAUACAGCAACCAAACACUUUUGAGUCCUAAGCCAGCUUCAGCAACAACUGCUUCUUUUUUUUUUUUUCCUCCAAAAAUCCUUCUCUAUAUUAUAAAUACCCCCAACACAUGCGACAUCUCUCUUACACACCCUUCAUUUUUUUUUUUAUCCUGCUUCUCUUUCUUUCUGUCUCACUUUCACCUUCACUCUCUCUCUCUCUCUAACUUCUCUAACAUGGCGGACUUGGAUUUAGACUUCCAACCCAAACCCACCAAUAAUAACAACACCAACUCUGCUACUACACCUGCCACGCGCUUAAAACUCUUCGGCUUCAACGUCCACGAAGAUGACGAGCCGGUUAAUAUUGUUGACUCCCCCAAGUCCACCGCCUCGGGAUCGCCGGACUCCGGUGGCUAUCCCGCCGGAGCCGGUGACCGGAAAUAUGAGUGUCAGUAUUGUUGCAGAGAAUUCGCCAACUCUCAAGCGCUUGGUGGUCACCAAAACGCUCACAAGAAGGAGAGGCAGCAGCUGAAGCGCGCUCAGCUUCAAGCCAGUCGAAACGCCGCCGUUUCGUACGCGAGGAACCCGAUAAUCUCGGCCUUCGCUCCGCCUCCGCACCUUCUUGCUCCGGCUGGUUCUAUGGUGGUUCCAACGGCGGCGCCAGCUUCUCCUCCGUGGGUUUACGUUCCACGUGCGGCGCCGCCGUUCCACGUGUCGCAUGGUUGCGUGUUUCCUUCUGCGACCAAUGGUGGGAGAGGUCCAGGGGGUUUGUCGUAUACUGGCGGUGUAGGGGAUUCGGCAUUCACGACGACGAUGAGUUCGCAAGUACAACAACAGGCCCGGGUCCAUACCAGGGUUGAUGGGCCCUCGUUGAGUAGGUUCUCGAAAGGAGAUGGUGGGCCCAGUUUUGAUGAUGCAUUGGGCUUGGACUUACAUCUAAGCCUUGCGCCGGCGGCUCCUUGACAUCAGUGGUUCCAUUGAAUGACUCCCAUAUUAAAGCUUUGGUGGCUUGGCUUGGCUUGGCUUGGCUAAACUUGGGAAAGAAUUCAGGGAAAAUGGUUAGGUGGCUGGCUGGUUGAUGAACUUGACUCAGUUAGAUUUUCAAUUGGGAAGCUGAUGUUUAUUUUACUGGUCGGAUCUUGUACAUUUCAAAAAUUAAUUUAUUUAUUUUUUUA